GCGCGUGCUGGGCUAGGGCUUGGGGGUGUGGCUCGCUGCUCUGCGCGCGGCGGAGCUGACGACCUCCCGCCCACCACACCUCGUCUUCUUUGGCGUAUCCUCUCAGUGACCCCGAAAGACACCAUCACUCCGAGCACCAAGUCCGCUAAGGGCAGGGUCUCUAAGAGUCAUCUGCAAAUGCUUCCCAUUAUGUGCUCAGUCAGGAUUUGCUGAGUAGACAGGAACUCGUGGACAGACAUUAUGCAUAUAGUAGAAGAUUACAAGGACAGGAGCCCUCUUGUGAAGGUUGAAUGUUCAACCAAAGCAAAGAGCUCCAGUAGCAGAUGGCCAAAGACUACAGAAAAGGAAAGUACUCGCCAGUGGUGCGUUAAAGAGAAAUUUCCUGAAAAGGCUUUACUAGUGAUGGACCCAUAUGUGAUUCAGAUGAACAGCAACAGCAACCUUCCCUCAGUUCUGGAUGUGCACGUCAACCUUGGUGGGAGAAGCUCCGUGCCAGGAAAAAUGAAAGGCAGGAAGGCCAGAUGGUCCGUGAGGCCCUCAGACAUGUCCAACAAAACUUUCAAUCCCAUCCGGACCAUUGUGGACAGCAUGAAGGUGAAGCCUAAUCCAAACAAAACCAUGAUUGCUCUGUCAAUUGGGGACCCUACUGUGUUUGGAAACCUGCCUACAGACCCUGAAGUCACCCAAGCGAUGAAAGAUGCUCUAGACUCGGGAAAGUAUAAUGGCUAUGCCCCCUCCAUUGGCUACUUAUCCAGUCGUGAGGAUAUUGCUUCUUAUUACCACCGGCCCGAGGCACCCCUGGAAGCUAAGGAUGUCAUUCUGACUAGUGGCUGCAGUCAGGCUAUUGAACUUUGUUUAGCUGUGUUGGCCAACCCAGGACAAAACAUCCUAGUUCCAAGACCCGGUUUCUCUCUUUAUAGGACUUUGGCUGAAUCAAUGGGAAUUGAGGUCAAACUCUACAAUUUAUUGCCAGAAAAGUCUUGGGAAAUUGACUUGAAACAACUGGAAUCUCUAAUUGAUGAAAAGACAGCUUGUCUCAUUGUUAAUAAUCCAUCAAACCCCUGUGGGUCAGUGUACAGUAAAAGUCAUCUCCAGAAAAUUCUGGCUGUGGCUGCAAGGCAGUGUGUCCCCAUCUUAGCUGAUGAGAUCUAUGGAGACAUGGUGUUUUCGGGUUCCAAAUUUGAGCCUCUGGCCACCCUCAGCAGCAACGUCCCCAUCCUGUCCUGUGGAGGGCUGGCCAAGCGCUGGCUGGUUCCUGGCUGGAGGUUGGGCUGGAUCCUCAUCCAUGACCGAAGAGACAUUUUUGGCAAUGAGAUCCGAGAUGGGUUGGUGAAACUGAGUCAGCGGAUCCUGGGACCCUGCACCAUUGUCCAGGGAGCUCUGAAAAGCAUCCUACAUCGCACCCCUCAGGACUUCUACCACAACACUCUGAGCUUCUUGAAGUCCAACGUUGAUCUUUGCUAUGACGCACUAGCUGCCAUCCCUGGACUCCGGCCAGUCCGCCCUUCUGGGGCCAUGUACCUCAUGGUUGGCAUUGAGAUGGAACAUUUCCCAGAAUUUGAGAAUGAUGUGGAGUUCACAGAGCGGUUAGUUGCUGAGCAGUCAGUCCACUGCCUCCCAGCAACGUGCUUUGAGUACCCGAAUUUCUUCAGAGUGGUGAUCACAGUCCCCACAGUGAUGAUGCUGGAGGCCUGUAGCCGGAUCCAGGAGUUCUGCGAGCUGCACUAUCACUGUACUGAAGGGAGCCAGGAGGAGUGUGACAAAUAGGCCCAAGUCCGUUCUCUUGAGUAUGUGUCCCAUCUGGGGAAGGCUGGACUGGGCCUUGCUGUUCCUCAAGAGGAAUCAGGUGCCCCUACUGGGAGAGGGGCCUCAAAAGCAUGUCAAGCGUUCAGAAUCGCUCCUGCUUUCCCCCAGCUAUGUCCACAUACACACUCUGAACCCCAGAUUGUCCUCUCACUCUGCUCUGCUGGAGUGACUCACUCAUUCAUUAAUCUGCCCCCUCCUAUAUGACUUCCUCCUUUUUUAUUGAGAGUACUUGGUGAACAGAAAGCACCAGAGACAAGAAAAUUAAAAGCUCAUGAUAAGAGAAACAAAAGAUUGAGAGAAUUUGUGUCCCAACCAUUUCCUCAUACUAUAAAUAAGAAUACACUCUCUCCAGUCAGGUCUGAGGCCUAAUUCUGUUACUGCUUCACUUCAGGUAUACCUCGCUUUAUGCAAUAGAACUACAAUGAAAGAAGUUGGGGACACAUAUAUUGGUUAAUUAUUUUCUAAACACAUUAGGAAAGUUUGCUAAUUUGAAAGAUCCCUUGCAGAAACAUUUUCGUUGAUUUUUUUUUUAAGAACUGUUGAUCGUAUGGGGUGCCUGUCUGGCUCAGUUGGUAGAGCAUGUGACUCUUGAUCUUGGGGUCAUGAGUUCAAGCCCCACAUUGGGUUCAGAGAUUAUAUCAAUCAAUAAAUCAAUCAAUCAGAAUUGUUGAUUGUAAAGGUAAUCAGUGGACUUUCUAAAUUUAGAUAUGUGUGCAUCAGGGUUUCUUAAAAUGAGGGCACAUCUGUAUUUAAAAAAAAAAAAGGAGGACUCAUCGGACCUUCCAGAAAUACUGUGGUGUAAGGGCCAGAAAUAUUCUCAUUUAUCAUUGUUAUGGAAUCAUUGCUUUUGCUGUAAGGUUGAUAAUGAUUUAUUGAUAUGUAUAUUAUAUUAUCUUUUCAUAUGUUUUCUAAGAAACAUUUAUAUUGACAAGAUCCUUUAUUUUGCCAAGGGCAUAAAUUAUUGUUUUUCUUCUUUUUUAAAAAAAUAAAUUUUACUAAGUA